CUCGCCUCCUGCUUGUGCUUGACCAGCGACAUCACGACACCUCCGCGCCGGCGCGAAUCCGACCGAAAUCCGACCAAGUUUUGUCAACACCGAGCAGAAACAAUCGAAUUUGAUAUCUGCACCGUUCAUCAUGGUUUGCGAAGGCUGCCGCACCUCGGCCCGUGGGCUGCUCCGGUCUGCCCUGCGUGCUGCGGCACCCACGACGAGAGGAACUUCUCCAGCAAUCCGAUCGAUGCUUCGCUCAGCAAUGCAUCAGCAGCAAACCGCCGGUACUGUUCGCCAAUUCAGCAACUCCAGCGCGCGAAGCCUCCUGGGCUCGUCAUUCCGCGACUCGUACCGCGUCGUAGGCGUCUCCGAGCGCCUGUUCAAGGUCUGCGCCAAGCAGGCCGACUACAAGAUCACAGAGGAGCAGCGCAAGCAGGACCAAGUCAAGAAGAUGGAGGACGGCGAAGAAGUCGGCGAGCCAACCGUCUCCGAAAGCGUAUGGCACACAAAAUUCAACCUCCCCCCGACAUUCAGCACCUGGUCGCACGUCACCAUGUUGCACCUGUACCUGCUCAACGCCAGAGUGCGCUGCUUCGAGCGCGAGGAAUACCGCAACUGGACACAGCAGCUCGUGGACCACUUCUUCUUCGAGUGCGAGAAGAAGAUGCACAUCGACCACCACAUCACGUCGUCGGCCCUGCGCCAGCGCUACCUCAAGGACAUCUUUGUGCAGUGGCGCGGCCUGAUCCUCGCUUACGACGAGGGCCUUAUCAAGGGCGAUGCUAUCCUGGCCAGCGCUGUCUGGCGAAACCUGUUCAAGGGCGACCCGGAGGUCGACCCGCGCUCGUUGGUGGCUAUUGUUGGCUGGAUGCGCGCGUCCCUGGCUAGUCUGGAGAGCACGAGCGACGCCAUGUUCCCCCAGCAGGCUGCUGAUAUCCUCGAGAGACCUGUCGAUGUCUUCUGGACAAGGCUUGAGGAGCCCUUCAAGAAGCAUGGCACCGGCGAGCCUGCUAAUGCUGCUCAAGCGGCGGCUAAGGCGGCUGCCGAGAAGAGGGCCUAAAGCGGCAGUUUGGUGUACGAACAACGAAAGAGGCUUAAUUUGUACUGUGUAUUACUAUUUAUGAAAAAGAAAUGCGGUCGGAGCAUCCUCAUGUACAUGUUGUCUACUCUGUUUCGACGGAUGCUACUAUUCUUUCUCCUUACUCCUGAUUUCUUUUUGCGCCAUCUGUUAGCCGAUAGACUCUUCAUCCUCUCUUCAUUGCAUACAUUGUAAUCUAUGAAAUACAUAAAAAGUUUGACCUUUACAAUUUUUAUUCUUGGCCUUUGUGGGACUAGUCUGUCUUUUCCCACAUCUGCCACUCGUACUGUGUGCCUGCUUCCUCUUGGAUACCCUCGACUUCAGGUCCCUCGCCCGUCCACGUUUUCAACUCUUCAGUUGAUCGCCUUGCCCAGCCCUCUGCUUUACCGCCGGUCAAAUCCAAAGGGAAAAACACGUCACAUUCAAAGUCUCGCAUGAUGUUUGUGAGUAGCACGCGCUUUGCCGCGGGGUGCUGGAGGGCAGCGCCGUAGAUUUGUCCGCCACCCAUGAUUAUGACGCGGGAAACGCUAGGGUGGCCCUGCGCGUACUCGAGAGCCUGUUCGACAGAGGAUACUCGGAUCGGCUCGUUGGGAGGCACAGGCUGCGUGGGCGGCGGCGGCGGUGGUGACGAGCGAGAGAUGACGAUGUUGAGGCGGUCUUUGAGAGGGCGGAACUUGGGAG